UUAAUAUAACACCAUACGGAACACAGCCUUAUACAAGGUCGUGCACAACAAGAUAUUUUCUGCUAAAAACUGUCAAAUUAACGAGGUACCUAAAUGAGUCGAUCUCCAGAGGUCAGUUCUUUCUAUCUUCAUCCCCUGUUUCUUCUCAAAGCCAUGCUAAUCACAACCUCCGGUAGAUUUUUGUUCGGGAACUUGAAUUUGAAAUAUUUUUCUUAGGAUGCACGUAUUAAAUUUGUAUUUGAUCUGUUGAAUCUUUGUAACAAGUCAUUCAAGAACAAUGAUAGAGGGGACAGCAGAGAAUUUAUCAGUUGCUGUUGAAUCUAAUUGUGAUCCACCUGACCAUGAUUCUUUACUGUCUCGAAAAUCAGAUGGUGGGGAUACGUUAACAGAUUACUCGUCGUGUGAAUCAGAGUAUGAGAGGUACUGCAGUGCCAAUUCAGCCACGGGGACUCCUACUGUGUAUAGCUCACUAGUGACAACAUCAUUUCUUGAGUUCCCACAUAGCUUCAAAAUAGGAGAUGAACAUCUUAAUGGUUGGAAUAAUGGAAGUUACAGGAAGUUACCCGAAUCUCGCUAUCCCGGUCAUUAUUUGCACGAAAAUGAAUUUUGUUAUCAAAAGAUUGAAGCAGAAAAGGAAUUGGUGGAGGCCAAGGGUGAAACAGAUUUAUAUGAAAAUGCAGAUUUAUUUUUGAUGCACGAUGAUAGUUCAAUAGAACGUCUUGACAUAUGUGCGGGAUCGGGGGUAAAAUUUGAGGAUUUACCUGUGAGAAAUGCGGAAGAAGAAGAAAAGUCUCACAUCCACGGUUCUGAAGAGGACAUGAACAUGGUUGUUGUUGUAAAAGAAGUUAAAAAUUCAGGGUCAUCUAGAAACAGCCAUUCAGAAGAUGAUUAUUCAAUAUUUGGAGGGGAGACAGACGCAGAGGACAAGAUUGAGUUAUAUUAUAGUAGUAAUUUACCACCUUUGAGCCAAAAGCAUAGUGAUCAUGACAAGAAGUUUUGUAUGAAUUCUUCUAUAGCUUUUGGCUCUGAUGAUUGGGAUGAUUUCGUCCAAGAAACAAAAAGUGUUGUUUUACUGGCUCAAGAUGAUUUUCAGGCUGAUAGCAAUCAGAACUUUGAAGUUAAAAGUGGUUGUUUGCCCAAUGCUUCUAAGAUGCCUAUAAAGUUUUCGGGUGUAAGUUCAAAAGUGCAACAAGAUGAGGCAAACAGAGUGCUUGUAACCAAUAAACCGAAGCAUACUAGUCCUCUGGAGCAUUCAGAUCUGUUAAAAAAUUGUAAGGGAGAGCAUCCAAAGGUGUUGCAUACUCAAAACAAUCAGAGUUAUGUUGUUGAUGCAUUUUCCAAGUUCCUUAAGGAGUCUUCUGUUCAGAAUGUAUUGCGUAAAAACAGAGAUGGGAUUUCGGGCCAGAGUCAUCAAUGUGAUAUUAGUGAGGAAGAAAUUCAGACUAAUUCUUCUAGCAUGGAUUCAAAAAUAAAAACCUUGUAUGUGGAACCACAUUUGGUUUCUGUUUCAGGAGAGCAUUCUGAAGAAGCAAAGACAAUGAACCUUGACCUAAAUGGAUUGUACAGUGAGAUUGUUCAUGAUAUGGAAGAAAUAUUACUUGAUUCUGGUGAACCUUCUGGAUUUGCUCUAGGAAACAAGAUAUAUCAGUCUUAUAUACCUCUCCUUUCAAGAGAUGGUGGUACUACUGCUUCAAUUUGUAGCAGGGAUGACGCUUCUCCUAUUAAUCAGCACCCUUGGAGGAUUAGGGGAAUAGAAGUCAUCGGGGCAAGGCAGAGAAAGGGGAAUGUUUCUCUCAGUGAGCGUAUUCUUGGAAUAAAAGAACACACCCUUUACAAAAUAAGGGUUUGGAGUGGAGAGGAAAAUUGGGAUGUUGAGAGGCGGUUCCGUGAUUUUUCUACCCUUUACCACCAUCUGAAGAAGGCAUUUGCAGAUCAAGGGUGGGUUCUUCCUCCUCCGUGGUCCUCCAUUGAACGAGAAUCAAUAAAGCUUUUUUGUAGUGCUUCCCCAGAUGUCAUUGCUGAGAGAAGUGUUCUCAUACAGGAGUGUUUACAAUCGACUCUUCACUCAAGGUUUCCUUCUGCUUCCCUAAAUCCUCUGUUUGGUUUCUUAUCCCCAGCACAUGAUAUUCCUAAUCCGCUCAAAUCUGAUUCAAAUAUUACUUUUGGGAAAACUAUAUCGCUGAUUGUUCAAAACAGACCGUUUAAAUCUGUGAAACAAUUGUUAGAUGAACAGCAUCAUAGUUGUGCGGGCUGCUACAUAAACUUUGGUGGUGGAAAGAGUAGGGUAGAGGAAUUUGUACAGACGCUAGGGUGGGGCCGGCCUCGUCUGUGUGAGUACAGUGGCCAGCUGUACUGCUCUUCAUGCCACAGAAAUGAGACUGCUGUCUUACCAGCAAGAGUUCUACAUUACUGGGAUUUCAGCUAUUAUUCAGUUUCUCAGAUGGCUAAAUCUUAUCUGGAGUCUAUAUAUAGUCAGCCAAUGCUUUGUGUUAGUGCUGUAAACCCUGUACUGUUCUCAAAGGUUCUAACUCUGCAACGUGUGACAAAUAUGAGAAAGCGUAUUGGUGUGAUGCUUCCAUUUGUCCGUUGUAGCUUUCGCGGUUCUAUAUUCAAAGCGGUUGGGUCUCGCAGAUAUCUUCUCGAAAGCAGUGACUUCUUUGCACUUAAAGACCUUAUUGAUCUUUCCAAGGGUGUUUUUUCCGCACUGCCUGUGAUGGUAGAGACUAUCUCAAGAAAAAUAGUAGAGCAUAUUGCCGAACAGUGCCUCAUAUGUUGUGAUGUGGGUAUCCCCUGUAAUGCUAGACAACAUUGUGAUGAUCUGUCUUCUCUCAUUUUCCCUUUCCAGGAAGGAGAGAUAGAAAGAUGCAAAUCUUGCAAUUCGGUUUUCCACAAAAAGUGCUUCAAAAAGACACCCACUUGCCCUUGUGGUUCUCAUUUGAAUCCCGGACCAGAGAGCAACGGGGGCGGCAUUGUUGGUAAUAAAAGUAAACACUUUCUUUCUGCUUUGUUCCCAAAGGUAAGGUCACCUAGGCCUUCCCACAAUAGAGACCAAGAUACUGUUAUCUUGAUGGGUUCAUUACCAAGUAACACCCUCUGAUUCGAUGAUUGUUUGCAUGAGCAUGUGUAUUUUUUUUGUUUUGUUUGUUCUUUGUGGAGGAACUUCGCACAACUGUCUGUGCAACUCCAAUAAAUGGUGUCUUAAUACAGAUUUACUGAUGGGGGGAUAUGGCCUUGAUCUUGUUGAUUAAAAGCUAGCGUUGCAAUGCUUUUAAUGUGCCAACUCCUCAAAUUCUUCAAAUAUAUACUACGACACUACGACUGCAAAUGUAUACUACUGGUACAGCGAUACCAGUAGUAUACAUAAUAGCAUAUAUAGUGUUCUUCCGAUCAAUUGUUAGCAUACAUAAUAGCACCAUAUAUGAUAGGGAAAAUUUUCUC